UUGAGACACAGCGCUAGCUUGUUCAGCGGGUGAUGCAUGGGGACGUUUGUCCAUUGUUACCGCUGAACGCUAGCGUCAGGACGGUGAACAAGUCUAAAAUAACACAGUCUGUUCAUCUAAACAGUGGCUUGAUUGAAAGCGGCUUCCAGUCAAAGUUGAACACAAUAUUAGCGCACGAAAUGCUUCUUCGAUAUUUCCUAUUCAUUUGUGAAAUAAAUAAAUGAAACGAAGGAGGAGAUGGAGAGUCUCUCUCACAGCCCCAUUUGUAAAUCAAACAACCCACGGUCUGGUACGUCUCCUCCAGCAGACAUGAGAGAGCUUCAUUAGGAGUUGUCUUAAAAAGGAGAGCUGAGGGAAAGCAGAGAGUAAACAGUCUUAAGUGUUUAGAGUCAAGAAGUGAAGACCUUAUAUAGUGUUAUUCCUCUCUGUGGUCUCUCUCGCGCUCUCUCGCGCUCUCUCUGUGCAUGUUUGGGUGGAUGCAGUGGACUGUAGAGAGUAAGGCAGGGAUGCUCUGCUCAGAUCGAGGUAACUGAUGUGGUUUGAAUUAAAGUAGGACUCAUGAGAUGGCGGAAGCGGUCCAUCCAGCAGCUCCAGCCAGGGAUUCAGCAUCGAGUCAUAUCGGAUCAUUUUUGGGAAAGGGACGUUUGUCUCUCCAGAGCCGUGUCUGAUGCCCGGCUAUGCUCUCGUGGUUUCCUGUGUUCUGCACAGAGCUGUAGCACCAAGUCCCAGAUCUCCCAGAUGUGCUGAAAGGGAACACGCCGUGCACAACUGGAAGAAGUGCCGUUCAGUUUGUGUGGACUUGUCAGUGUUGUAAGUGGAAGUUGCUUCCCUGCCCCUAGCCUGUAGGAGCUGUGAGCAGCAGUGGUGUACCAGCUGUGUCUGUGAUGGAGCGCUUUCCUGUGCACUGAGUGUGCUGCUGUCAGCACUGCAGACAUGUCUGCUUGCAACACAUUCACUGAACACGUGUGGAAACCUGGCGAGUGCAAGAACUGCUUCAAGCCCAAGAGUCUGCACCGCCUACCUGAGGGGGGUCCACACAAGUGUCCCCCUGAACCAGUCCUCACCCAGCACAGUCAUACCUCCACAGGAGGCACAAAUAACAUUAACCACCCAAGCCACUCACCCACAGGGGGCAGGGCUAUAAUCAACGCUAACCUUGCUAGCAACUCUCAGAGAAGCAGCAGUACUUCCCGUUCUGGCCAGUUCCGCCCUCCUGUAGCAAAAAAGCCCACAAUUGCGGUUAAGCCCACCAUGAUGCUCCCAUGCUCUGGAUUGGGGCUGGAUUUAGAAGGAAAUCCUCAGAAGCUGGUAGAGGGGGCAGAGCCUGGAAAAGCUUCAGCUUUCACCAUUUGGAAUCGUAAUGGCUUAAACCGGAAGAGGCCCUCAGAACCAAACAACAAUGAACAAAACGAUGAAAGGGUAGACAUGCAGGGGUUUGCUUCUCUCUGUCCCCCAAGCAGUAACAAUAACAAUGGCCUAACGGAUGUGCUGAAGGAGAUUGCAGGUUUGGGCUCAAAUCUGAGCUCCAGCAGGGACGAUUUCUUGGGCCGGAUCAGCUGCUCAUAUAGGCGCUCCUUGGAGAGAGGCUUGCCUGCGGCCAGCUGCCUGACCUUGGGUCGUAGCAGCAGUGCAAAUAAACGUGUCUCUUUGAGUGACAGUGCAGAGAUUAUCAGUUCGGAGGGGGGACGCUUCUGCUACCCAGAAUUUUCCAGCGAUGGAGAGGAGGAUGACGAAUAUGAAGAGGAAAGUGAGAGUGAUGAUGAUGGUGAGCACGAGAGCUGGGAUGAGAGUGAUGAAGAGCUUUUGGCUAUGGAGAUCCGGAUGAGGGGUCAGCCACGUUUUGCUAAUUUCCGUGCUGCAACUCUGUCUCCAGUUCCCUUUGCAGCUGGUAAGAAGUGGAACACUGUGCCUCUGCGGAACCGCUCACUGCAACGGAUCUGUGCUGUUGACUAUGAUAGUUAUGAUGAGAUUCUGAAUGGCUAUCCUUCCAUGGACUCCAGUGGAGCACCUAGCCUGCUUCCAUAUGGCUCUGACCCCCAGGGCAGUGGAUUCCUGUCUAACUCAGAGUCCAUCACCUCACCAGAGUCCUCAUCAUCUCUACCUGAGGACUCCUGCACAUCCAGCAGUGGCAGUAGUGUCUCCCGUAACCAGCCUAAUGGUUUACACCCUGUUCUAGUUAGCAGAGACUCUGCAGUUCAAGACCCAGCAGGCCGAGCGUUGAGCUCACCUAAAGCCACUGAGACACACAAAGCUGUUCUGGCCAUCCGAUUACAGGAUCAAGAUAUUAAUCAGAGAGAGGGUGGACCUCUUCCACAGGCACUCCCUGGCCAGCCAAUCACAAUAAGCUUUAGCCCAACGGAGGAGCAGCCUAAACCAUACAGGGUAGUGAGUUUGGAGAAGACUCCCAUCUGUAAGCCUUACACUGUGGUGGAUGUGUCAGCUUCCAUGGCCAGCACUGAGGAACGAACUACUGAGAGCGCUGCCAAGCCCAGAGGCCCAAUCACAGCACUGGGUCCCCCACCCUACCCAGGAGCCUCAAAAAACAUCCCCCUGUCUGCUUCUCCUCUCUCCCCAAAAUCACCUAUAUCACCCAAAACUCCGCUUUCUCCUAAGUCUGCAGUAGUGUCUCCAACCACUCCAGUAUCUCCAUUCACUUCAGUUUCUCCAUCAGUACCAGUCUCUCUGAGUACUGCCUUAGCCAAUGCUGCUACAUCCAGCGCUUCCUGUAAGAAGUCUGGGAAUAUUCGUUACCAAGAGGUGUGGACAUCCAGCACUAGCCCUCGGCAAAAGAUCCCCAAAGUAGAGUUGCUUAGUGGGACACCGUCUGGGUCAUCAGUCCCUCCCAGACAUGCCAACCAUAAAUCAGCUCCCACCUCCCCUGUUUCCGGUAUCUCCUCUUCACGCACCAUACCUGUGAAAUCACCUAAUUUGUCAGAGAUCAAAUUUAACAGCUACAAUAAUGCUGGUAUGCCUCCUUUCCCAAUCAUCAUCAGAGAUGAACCCACAUAUGCACGAAGUUCAAAGAAUGCAGUGAAAGUGCCCAUUGUGAUUAACCCAAGUGCAUAUGAUAAUCUGGCUGUGUAUAAGAGCUUUCUGGGUGUAAGUGGGGAGUUGCCACAGACCAAGCUGGGAACAGGAGGUCGAGUACCCAGCCACACAUAUGAGGAAAUCGGGAACUCUGAAAAUGCUCAGUCCUCACCCAUAGAACACAAGCCCACCAGAAAAUUUGUCACAGCUGAUACUAAGGAAGAGCUAAAAGCUAAAAGUUCCCCUGAAUGCAGUACAGCAGCCAACAUUUCAGUUACUGUUUCCAGUCCUAGGACAAACAUUGUCCCCACUCCUAGCACUGCCUCUAGCAGUCUGACAAAAAGCAGCUCCAUUAAACUCAACAGUAGCUGUAACACCAGUGAGGAUUCACCUGCGGCAGGAAGCAGUGAGUGCCAGACUUCCACUAGCACUGGAUCAGGGCACAGGGAGAAGGCCAGCAUGGUGCUGUCUCAAAUAGUAGCCUCUAUCCAGCCACCCCAGUCUCCUCCAGGCUCACCCUCUGCUUACAGCAAGACAUGUAGUGCUGAAGAGCUCUACUCUCUUCCCCCCGAUGCCACUAAGGGUACUCUCAGCAGACCCAAAUCCCUCCACUGCCCUACUGAGAUUAGCCUGUCCAAAUCUCACAAGGACACGCCAUCCAAGCUCUUGCCUAAGUCUCAGAGCGCCUCAGCAGCUGAGGCUUCUACAAGUCCAAAAUCUGAACCCAGUGCCCCUUUCCCCCCACCCAGAUCCACCUCUUCUCCAUAUCAUGCCAGCAACCUGCUUCAGAGGCACUUCAGCAACUGGACCAGACCCAUGGGCUCCAGGCCCAGUGAUGGAGAGGUAAGCCCUGUGGCAGAAGGCAGACGCUCAGCUGACAUUAACAGGCCUAAACGUUGGAUCUCUUUCAAGAGCUUCUUCCGCCGGCGGAAAGAUGAGGAUGAACAAAAAGAGAAAGUGGAGAAAGAGAAAGAGAAAGGGAAGCUGGUGGGUUUGGAUGGGACUGUUAUCACCAUGCUACCUCCUCCUCCUCUCCAGAGGCAGCACUGGUUUUCAGAGUCAAAAACAGAUGAUCCCAACCAGAAACCCACCAUUAUAUUCACCUAUAAGCCAGACAGUGGAUCAGGAGGCGAUGGGGAGGCAGAGCUCAGGGUGGAGGAGAGUAGUGUAGGUGCAGCUGGAGUGCUGUCAUUCAACCAGUCAGGCCCCCCUAAGAGCAGAGCCAGCCUCUUGAUCAGCAAAGUGAUGAGUCAGAUGCCAGCACAGGGAUCAGAGGCAGACAGCUCCGCCAUCACUUCUUUGCCGGCCAAACAGGAACUGCCGACCGUGAGCGAGCCGUCCGGCCUCUCGGCGCACGCUGGGGCUCGCCCACUCUCACCCAGCAUCAGUCUAGGGGAGCCAGAGGAGGACGAGGGUACACACACACACUCUCACUCACACUCCCCUGCUUCCAGCUCUUGCAGUGCCACCUACACCAACCUAGGUCAGUCCAGGGCCAGUUUGAUCCCCGCAAAGCACCCCAGACACCCCAAGACCUCUGAUGACACGCUUAAUUCUGAAACUGAAGGGUUCAAUCCAGGUGCCAAAGCCACUCCCCCUCCUUUGCCAAAGAAAUCGGUGCCACGAGCCAACACAGAGCAAUCACUGACCAGAGAACCGAUGACCCGCCGGCCCCGGGGCGAAGUCAAGCCAAGCGGCGCCAGCCUGAGCGUGGCAAAUCCACUUUAUGACCUGGACUCCACCUGGGAGACUGCUAGUCAGAGCUCCUCGCUCAGCUUUGAUGCCCGCCAGCUAGACGAGUCAGGGGACUCUCUGGAGAGGUCAGCGGCAGGAGGACGGAGCCUGUCCCGCUCAGCCAACAGCAGCACAGCCCCAGAUCAGGAGAGGCAGGGCUGCCGCAGCACAGAGAGCCUUGCAGCCAAUAAGACCCACAGACUUGCUCUUUACAGAGGUCUGGAGAGCUGGGAGGAGGUGGCAGGACGCAUCCGCGGUCUACACGCCGACACGUUGCGCAAACUGGCUGGGCGCUGUGAGGACCGCUUCAUGGCUGGUCAGAAAGACCAUUUGCGCUUUGGCACAGACAGCUGGUCCCACUUCAGACUGACCACGGGCAAGCCAUGCUGCGAGGCAGAAGACGCUGUUUACUACACAGCCGCUUACGCUAAGGACCCGCUCAUCAACUAUGCUGUUAAGAUCUGCAGGUACAAGGUGAAGGAGACACAGCAGCAGUUCUUCCACAGCCUGGCUAUCCGACAAAGCCUUCCUGUGCACUUCAACAUCCAGCAGGACUGUGGCCACUUCCUGGCAGAUGUGCCUGCCCGGCUUCUGCCCUGGGAGGAUGAGGAGGAGAGCGAUGAUGAGAGGGAUGAAAAGAGAGAUGAGGAGCGAAAUCUGGAGCAGAAAGGUGGAGGGAGCAAAGAGUUGUUGUCUGAAGGGAAGAGGCAGGCCGAGAGAGGGCAUGGGAACAUAGCAGUGCCGGUGGACAUGGCAUGCCAAGGCGGGAAGUUGCGCAGCCGAGUGGUGGUGAUCACACGUGAGGUCCCAUUCCAGACAGUGGCCGAUUUUGUGCAGGAGGGUGCAGCAAGGCAUUCACGUAACCCAGAGCUGUAUGAGCGGCAGGUGUGCCUGCUGCUGCUUCAGCUGUGUACUGGCCUAGAACACAUGAAGCCCUGCCACGUGUCACACUGCGACCUGCACCUGGAGAACCUGCUGCUCGUGCACUGCCAGCCGGGCGAUCCCUGGAACCUGGAGCUUCCAGAGCCCAACAACAACACGACGUCUGCUUCGUCUGCCUGCCCGGCUCGCCUCAUCAUCAGCAACUUCUCUCACGCCAAGCAUCGGAGCGCCGUGCGGUACACUGAGUGUGAUGAGUUUCAGCUUGGCCUUCUAAUCUAUGAGAUGCUUCACCGACCGAAUCCUUUGGUGGAGGCAGCUGGCCUGAAGGAGAUGGAGCAACUGCCACCUCUCCCUACACGUUCCCUGUACUCGCAGGGCCUGCAGCGGCUGGCGAGUCUCCUGCUCCACACUGACGAGUCUGAGCGCAUUGGCGUUUCCGAGGCUCGUGCUUGCCUGCAGUGUCUGCUGUGGGGGCCACGUGAUGACCUCUUGCGUACUGCACCUCUUCCCACUCAGCGCCACGUAGCGCUGCAGAACUGGCUGGACUUGAAGCGUACACUCAUGAUGAUCAAGUUUGCAGAGCGCUCGCUGGAUGUCGGCCACGGCGGCGGCGGCGUCAGCCUGGAGGACUGGCUCUGCUGCAAGUACCUGGCCUUUGCCACCACAGACUCCAUUGACAGGGUUGUACGUGUUUUGCAGCAGCUCUGAGUCUGGAUGCUUGGCCCCAGAUUUGUGUGGACUGCCAGUCAGCUUUCAUAUCACAGGCCACCUGCCUUGUGGAGUCUGCUGGCACGUGCCCAUUUGCGCUGUAUGCAUUUUGUUUUUGUUCAUUUUAUUCUUUUUCAUUUGAGGAACGUGCAAGACAUGUUUGUGCUUUACUAGUUUGUGUCUGUGUUACUUAAGUAUUGAGUGGUGAAGAAUUUUAGAUCGAUCCUUUUGCUUUUGAAAAAGCUUCUCUUUUUUUUUAACCAGCCAUGCAGUUGGAUUACAUUAUUAGAAAUUGUGUUAUUAGAAAAGCAGUCAGUGUUUUUCCCCCUGAUUGUUUUUUUUUUAAAUAUAUAUAUACAUAUAUAUAUAUUUUUUAUCAAUGUGACAUGGUUUGCAGAAUGACUCACAGUUUGGCCUUCAUGAUAAAAUGCUUCCUUUGUUUACUCUAGCUGUUUGAGAGAGCACUGAUCUGGCAUCAGCAGCUGGUCUCCUGCGCUUUGACAUGGAACAACACUUUAGCUUUAGAGAUUUCAGGAUUUCACCAAGGGUCUGAGAGCUUUCAUACGUUUAUUAUGUUAUAGCAGUAGGUUAGUGUUGGAUGUAGUGGUCUACAUUUCUAGGUUUUAAAGCUGUGUGUAAAGCAGGGGUGUCCGAUCUUAUCCGGAAAGGACCGGUGUGGGUGCAGGUGUUCAUUCCAACCAAUCAGAAGCCACGCCUGAGUCUACUGAAAGCCAGGAUCAACUGAUUAAACAGGUGGAAUCGGGUGUGGCUCCUGCUUGAUCGGAAUGAAACCCUUCACCCACACCGGCCCUUUGUGGAUAAGAUUGGACACCCCUGGUGUAAAGCAUGAGGAGUUCAUUAAACCACAGCUAAGAUGGGGGAUAACACUGAGGGCCACAGUGUUUCUUCCAGUCGCUCUCAAUCUCUCUCUUUCUCCAUCAGCUCUUUAGUCAUGGUCCCCUCUAUGAGACGUCUAGAUGAGGUCGAAAGUUCAAGUAUUACUGAACGAAGCUACUUAAAAUUAAGACUAAUCCGAGUUCCCUAAUACAAUCUUGAGUGUGAGAGAGUCGAUGCAAAUGAUUCCAAAGCAGAUGGCGUGAGAUAUUUUUGUAACACCAGAAUUUACCAAAGCUUAAGAGACAGUCGCUGUCUAUUUUGACAUUGAACUAAUUAAAUCUUUUGAAACAAAAUGUAUUUUUAAAGGUUUUAAUGCAUAGUCUCAUCUGAAGAAAUCAGUAAAGUUCUACGUUACUAAAAGUGUCCUUAUGCAAACACGUAUGGAGUGAAGCAGCCGGGUCCUUGGGUCCGGAACUGAAAGAUGCAGCCGGGGUGGGGGU